AAAAUUUAAUGGAUACUUUUGUAAUUGUCAUUAUUAUAGUAUGUGCCGGUAUUGUUUUGCCGUCGCUUGUCUUAUGUUGUGUCCUCACACACAGAAAGCAAAGGCCUUUAGUGUCUCAGUCGCGAGAUUUGGAAAUGGGUCAAACGGGAUCAAAAGAUGGAGGACUUGUUGUUUUGACAAGGAAUGUUUCCACUACAGCUACUACGGUAGCUGCGGCUGUGAUCAUCGCAGAUUCUGGCGGUGGGGGCGGCUGUUGUUGUGGAUGUGAUGAUGGUGGAGGCGGAGAUGGAGGAGGAGACGGUGGUGGUUGUGGAGGAUGCGGCGGCUGUGGAGGCUAAGCGGGUACGGUUGUUGUUGUGGAUGUCAUGGUUUAACCUUUUUCUUUCGUGGUUUAACUAUUAACAUAAUGUAUGUACGGAAUGUAUUGAUCUCAACGUGUAUAAAUCGAUGUAUAUAGUGAACUGUUCAAAACCUAAUGAAUAUUUAACCUAAGCUUUUUUUUUAACAUCAAAACAUUAUUCUAUUACUCGAAUUUGAAGGAGUCUAGAUAAGUAUAUUGGAAUAAAACAACCAACAAAAUACAAUCUCUAUAAAAUACUUUUUCAUCUCAGCUAAUGAAUUUGCUGAAUUGUUUUCUGAUUGGGGGUGGUAUAUAAUUAUGAAGUCUUGAAAUCUUCUUUUAGAACAAGUAACUCUUUCGACUUUGCUGAAAAGCUUGGCCAUGCUCUUGAGUCUGCUAUCAUCAAUAUGAGAUUCUUGGAAUAAGUUUCAAAGCGCUGAAAUGUUGAGUACUCAAACAUAUUUUUCAUUGUCCAAUAUGAGAUUCUUGGAAUAAGUUUCAAAGAGAUGAUCAAAAUUCUUUUUCUGAUAUUUUAUGCCCAUAAGUUGAAUCGUACCCAAUAUUUUUUUCUAAAUCCAGCCAUAACCACACAAACAAAAAAUGAAUCAAGAGUCCAUGAUCCAUCCAUCAUAUAAAUAGUCUGAAAGCAUAGUGUAGGUAGCGAAUAUUUUUGUGUGUUGUUGAGGAUAUAUAUGUAUAUCAUACGCAGUUACGCACUUAUUUCCAAAUUGGAAAAGGUCUAUGACGUCCAGCUUAUGCAAUAUGAAAACUUCCCGCAACUACUCCAAUAAUAUCAAGAUAAAAAAACAACAUACACUAACGAGAUAUAUGUUAGAAUGCAAAUAAGUCAAAUCUAUCCUAUACUAAAAGGGAUUAAUAAAGCUCUCUUAAGGUGUCCACGUCCUCAAAUAAAUUCAACCAAUCAUGUUUUUUUUUAAAACACGUCAGCUGGGUGUAAAUUUGGGCAAGGUAAUUUAUAUGUAAUUAAAUUUGGACUUACCCAUCACGUUUGGGCUUGCUUUUUUUUGCCCAAAUCGACAAAUGAAAACUGAAGUUGACGCCACAUGAACUCAUCAUCUUCCUCUCCACCUCUUCGUUUUCUCCGAUAUGAAACCUGAAGAAUUGAAAACAUUUGGAUUUAAAAGAAAAGAUUUGACAGUCUAAUCUCAAUCGCAUAAAGUAAAUCAAACCAAACUUCACACAUCUUUCUCUCCGUUCGCCGUCACACAUCUUUCUCUCCGUUCGCCGUCGUCGCUAAUCUGAGAUCUCUCUCUUUACUCACCAAAGAUGCAUUCGAGCCAUCUCCUUCUCGAGGAGCCAAUCAGGAUGGCUUCAAUCCUCAAGCCAUCCAAAUCCGUAAGCGAUCCAUUGAUCCAUAUUCGUAAGAGUUAUCUCUAAUCUCUCUCUCUCUCUCUCUCUCUCUCUCUCUCUCUCUCUCUCUUCUCUCUCUCUUUUGAUGUCAUCAGAGUUUCUUUCCGGAAGCUUUGGCAACAAAAUCCAACUGAAAGUCCCAUGUCUCCACGGUAAGUCUCUGUAGUUUGUAUUUCAAGGACAUCUCACCAGGUCCACCCGAAUCUGAAUUAGUAUUUCGAAUCUAAAGUUAUGGCGAUGAUCAAUUUCUUUUUUCCUUCAAUGGUGUUGAUAACCUAUUUGAAAAGCCGUCGCUUUGUAGUUUUCAUGUCGAUUCGCUUGAUCCAGUCUUCUCACAAUUUUUUAGUUUUUCUCGAUAAGGUUAAAGUGCCGUAGCGAUUGCUGUAAGGUGUGAAGAUAAAUGUCUGUCGAAUAUGAUCUCUGAAUGAAAACAUGAAGAAGUGUCAGUAUGCCGUAAGUGGUGAGUUUUCCCUAGAAGGAACAUUAUCUUCCCUACCCUCGCAUCUCUAAAAAGCCAUCAGGAUGAAUCACUACUCUGCAUAUACUGAGGAGUCUGGACAAUUAUAUGGGACUGCUUUGGCGUAGGACCUGCGCUAGCUGAAGGGUAGGGAGAUUGAAUAUGACUUCCUGGAACUGAAUAGCCCUGUACCGUUGUAUAACUGUGACCAACAGGGAUGUUUUGAUUCAGUUGCCCGUAUUGGUAGCCUGGUGAGUUAACUGCCCCAGGUACUCCAUAAACCUGAAGGUGCUUACAGUGACUCAAGAGGCCUUCUGGAAGCUAGGAAAGAGGUUGCUGAGUUCAUUGAAUGACUUGAUGGGUAUCCCAGUGAUCCAAAACUCAUAUUCUCCACUGAUGGAGCUAGCUAAGGUGUGAAACAAAUCUUAAACUGUGCUAUACGCAGUGAGGGAGACAUGCAAUAUGAAGAAGAGCAGGAGAGUGCAAGUGCCACCAAGAAGCUUCACCAGAAAAGGCAAUUCAUCACAAUUUAAGUAGAAAAAAUAUGAAGUAUGAUCAGAAGAAAUAAGGUGAUGAUGUGAUGAAUGCAUGUCUUAUAUGCCCUCAAGAGAUGGAUGCAGCAGAUCUAAGCUUCUUACCAUGUCCUUGCAGAUUUUGUCUAUAUCUCUUCUCCUCUAUGCAGAUCAACCAAAACGAUGGACGUAGCCCACGACUCUGAGCUUCCCCAAACAAGUAUGAGAAGACAAGUAGUAAAAGUGCUUUAUGUUUUAGUUAUUUCCUUAGUAUCUCAGUUGCACAUAGCAUGUUGUUUGUCAAUAGAGUUUGUGUCAGUGACGUUGUUGCAUCUUUUGAAACUUUAAAGCUUAAUAAAAGUGAAAGAUCGUUGAUAUGUUAUCGAUGAAGUCGAAUGAAUGUUGCUACCAUUUAUCUUUUUCUUUAAAAUCAAAUCAAAUGGGUUGAUUGUCCACUGCGUUUAUUAAAACGUUUUCCCGAUACUAAAGGAGUUGUGAAUGUCUUAAUAUGCUAAACAAAUCUUCAGAAGUAGUUUGAUUUUGCAUAAUAAGAAACUGUAGUAGCAGGUUGGAUCGAGGAAAGGAAUCAAAGAGAAAGAAUAAUAAUAAAAAGAUUGAGAUCCGAGAAAAAGACCAAAAGGUUUGAACAAUACACAUAAUCAAUCCCCUGGACAAAAAAGAUUGUUCAAAACAAAUGUUUUCUACUACUAUUACUUUUAAAUAAUCUCCACUCGAAGGAGAAUAUUUUUUGUAUUACAGAAGGGAAUUUGUAAAUUUGAAAACGUUAUUGGGUCCACGUGUUUUUUUAAUAUUCAAAAUCAUAAAAGUUCAAGUUUUCGUUAAGAUUAUGAGACUUUCAAUUAUACACAUAAAACUGUAUGUUUUAGCGGAAAUUUUUUUUUCCAAAGAUACAUUUUUGUAUUUUCAAUACAUUUUAUUAACUAAUAAUGAUAAAUUCUAAAUUUCAAAUACUAAUUGCAUUUCUUGACUUCUUACCGGUUUAGAAUUAUAAGAAAUAUAAAUCACAAAAUAUAUAUUUAUAACUAAGACUUAAAUAAAUAUAUAUUCACAAAAAUAAGAUUUAAUAUGUGUAAAAAUUGUAAAACAUAUAUGAUUUGCAACAGAGGGAGUAGUAUAUUAGAGUUUUAGAUUAGUAGUUGGUGUAAAAUCAAUUAUACACACUUGACUCUCAUUUUAAUAUAUAUGUAACUAUUGUGAAUGUACGAAAAAUUUAAUUAUUGUGAAUGUAAGAAAAUUUAACAUUUAUGGUAAAUGAAGUUUUAAGCAAUUAUAUUUUAAUUGAGUAUAAAAGUACAUAUUAAAAUUUUUUUUGAUAUAAUCUCUUAUGAAAUUCAAAAAUUACUACUAUUUUCAUUUUAAUUUAAUUGUUGUUGUAGAGUAAAUUGUUUGUUUCAAGAUAAAUGUUGUUUUAGAAUUUAAAUACAUAAUUGAUUAACUUUAUAUGUUAUAUGAUUUUUGUAUUCUUCAGUCUAUUUUUUACUGAUUGAAAUGUGAUUAAGUGUAUAACUAAUGAUAUUUUAUUUUAGUAAUAUACAAAAUUAAUUUUUUUUUACAUCUGUAUGCACAAAUCGAAAAUGACAAUUAAAAUGAAACAUAAUUAGUAUUAUAAAAACAUUACAUUCACCUUAAACAUUGUUAGUCCUUUUAGGUGUGUGAUCAUGGAAGAAUAACACUCAUUGCUGGCCAAUUGGUUAAUGCAUCAAAUGUCUAAAAAAUUAUAUUAAGAGAAAACUACAAAAAAAUGUCUAAAUUGUUUUAAAAUAAUAUGCAAACAAUAUUUGUUUUAGAAUUAAUAUAGUACACUAUUAUAUGUUAGAAACAGACUUUUAAAUCCUGAUAUAUUAGAAAUUGCUAAAUUUGUUUUAUUGAAAUUCAAUAUUAUAUUAUCACACAUUUUAAAAAUGAUCUCAGUUCUAUUUCCUAAGAUAAGUAUAUAAUAGUCAAUUGGAAAAUGUUAAUGUAAACCUAGAACAAAAUUAUUAACUGUGUAACUUGAUCAGAAUUGUUUUUGCCAUGCAUUGACUUAAAGUGAUAUUUUAGUCAUUUUCAAGUAAAUGAAUCAAAGAUACACAACUAUAAUAUGAAAAAAUUAAUACGCAAUGUCAAUUCCUCAUAUUUAUCAUAUUAAUUGUUGUCUUCCGCACUAUUGGUUUCAAAUAAUAAUAACCUAUUAUAUAACCAAAUAAAUAAAUUUGAUACGGCUUAAGGAAAUUUUUUCAUAUAUACAAUAAAUAAAACAAAACAACAGUAAAAUAUUAAUUUGAAAUAAAACAAAAAAUGACUACUCUAAAUUUAUAAUGAAAAAGUACAAAAAUUGUAAAAAAUAGAAAUU